GACUCGCGGCUGCAGCAGACUGCGGAACGCCUGCACAAUCUCGUUGGCAACCCGUCCACGUCUAACGGGUCGAUCGCGGGCAACUCCCAGCUGGCUCAGCACCCCGUCAUCCGGCAGUUGCAGUCUAACAUGGCAACGCUCCAAUCCACCGUCGACGCCCACGGCCAGCAGAUCGGGGCGAUCAACACGACGCUGGCUAGCGCUGCGGAGGACUCGAGGGCGACAAGGGAGAUGAUGGAGAGGAUGAUGGCCAUGCCCCACCGUCCGCCUGUCACGCCACAGCGUGGCCCACCACGUCCCCCUGCCCUCGCGCCGUCGUCCCUGGCGGCGCCUGGGGGUGGCCCUGCGGGGCUCGAAACCGCUGCCGCGACCGACGAGAAGGGCCCGUUGGUCAAGCCUCAGAUGACGGUGGCCGACCACGAGCAUGCCCUUGCUAUCUUGGGGAUUGGCGCUCGGCGGCAGAAUAUGACCCAGCUAGGCCAAGAGGUGGCCUCUACUGAGGGCGCCAUGAUGCCAUUCAGUGAGUGGUGGACACAGGUGGCUCGCUGCAAGAGACAUUCUCAGUGGCAGACUGAGCUCCAGGCGAUGGGCUUACCAGCUGACAAUCAGGCCUCGGCCUCGCACGAUGGGACCUGGAGCGACACCGACCUUCAGACGAUCACGCUCUCAUGA